UCAAAACUUCUCUAUAAUUCAGACGAAUCUUUUGCUUUUCCAUAACCAAAGGAGAAAAAAUAAGAAUAAAGAAAUUACAGGCACUUGACAGAUUCUUGGCUUCGGGCCAACCUCAAUCAAACCUCUUUCUCCAAACCAAGAAAAGCUAACGGAGAUUGCCUGCCUUCUGCAAACACAAAUAAAUGGCUGCUUCAGAAGAAGAAGUGGCCGCAGAAUUGGAAGCUGUGGAAGCAGUUUAUAGUCAAGACUCCUAUAUUCUUCAAAACUACCCUCCCCACCUCCACAUCCAGGUUAAACCCCGCACUGCCGAUGUCUCUUCUCAACAGUUUGUGGAAGCAAUUAUUGGGAUUCAAGCAACGUCUAAGUAUCCGGAUGAACCGCCAAUUAUUAGCAUUGUUGAUUCAAAGGGUUUAGAUGAUGUGAGGCAAAAUCAAUUAAUAGCUAGUAUAAGGGACAAGGCCAUUGCACUCUCCUCGUGUUUGAUGCUUGUUGCACUAUGUGAGGAAGCAGUGGAGAAGCUCUCUAGUAUGAAUCAUCCAGAUGGCGAUUGCCCAUUAUGCUUGAAUCCAUUACUCGAUGAGAAAGAUGGCAAUGACUCAUUGCCAUUUAUGAAGUUGAUGUCCUGUUUUCAUUGCUUUCACUGUGAAUGCAUCAUCAGAUGGUGGAACUGGCUUCAAGCUCAAAAAGAAUUGGAUCAUGCAAAUACUUCUAGUUCUGUCACAUCUAUCAAGGACAUGGAAGACCAAGAAGGUAUGUGCGAAAUUACUGAAGAAAGGAUGGGAGAGUGUCCUGUUUGUCGUAAAGUUUUUCUUGCAAAGGAUAUUGAACAUGUACUUGACUUGGUCGGAACUGACUAUCAUUUGAGUUCGAGUGGAACUGAAUCCUUAGACGAGGACAAUCUUCUUCAGUCUUAUCCAGAGAAAAGUAGAAGGGAGAAAUAUGAGGCCAUAUUGAAACUUCAGAAAGAGAAUGAUGGCUUAAUUGAACCCAAAAAGCACGAAGUACUGUUGCCUGGUAUGUUUCUACCUCGGUCGGCUCCACCAUCUUCAAUUUCCUUGGAGAAAGAAACCGAUGGGCAACAAAGUGAAGAUGGAGUUGUGGGAUCAGGAGCAACACCAAGUGUUCCAUCAAAUAGGCCUAGCACCAGCAAGCAUAGAAACUUCAGUGGCAGGAAGCAUUCACACAGAGGACGAAGUUCUGGAAAACAUGCAAGGCGGUGGAUUCAGAAAGAGAAUGGAGCUGCUAAUUGAUGCAUGUGUUACUUAAAAAAGAAAGAAGAAUAACUACUAAAGGAAAUCCUUAGAUUCUUAGGUGCAUAGUUUGCAUAAAACUUUUGAGAUAUUAUUUUUAUCCGGAAAAAAAUUGUAGUUUGAUAGGUCAAAGAAAGAUUGGUCGCUUUGUAUCAAUUGUAAAUUUCUGUACUGUUGGAAUUGGAGAUAUACAAGGUUCUCUUCUUUGAGCAUGAAGAGAUGCAUGUAUUGAAGAUAUAGUAUAUCAAUUGAGGUUUAAUUCAACCAGACA